GCCCCUGGGGAGACAGGGUGGCCGUCCUCAGCCUCAAUAACCUAGCUGCCUUGUCAUCACUGCAGCUGGCGGCUGUCCAAGCCCGGGGCCAAGUAAUGACUAACUGAGCUUCCUCCGGGAGGGCGGAAACAGUUAAACUCCUGUGACAGCUGCAAUCACUUAGGCGUGGUUUUCUCGUCUGACUUGGGCUGCACAAGAUCCUGGGCCAAGGGGCAGAGGAAGGACAGCUUGGGCGCCAGAGCCUUCCAGAUGGCUGAGUUGGAUCUGAUGGCUCCAGGGCCCCUGCCCGGGAUCACUGCUCACCCUCUGGCCACUGUCAGCCCAGACUCUGGGUCGGGCAGCCCGGCCGAAGAAGAGGACAUGGGCUCCCCGGGGAGCUCUCAGGGGGAGACGGAGGGACAGGGCAGCGGCUCUGCAGGGCAGGGGGAUCCUGACGGCAAGGGGGAGGCGGAGAUCCUGUGUGACUUCUGCCUCGGGACUGCCAGGGUGAAGGCGGUGAAGUCCUGCCUGACCUGCAUGGUGAAUUAUUGCGAGGAGCACCUGCGGCCUCACCAGGAGAACAGCAAACUGCACAGCCACCAGCUGACCGAGCCUGUGAAGGACCAGGACCUGCGCACCUGCCCUGCCCACCACAGCCCCCUGGUCGCCUUCUGCCGCCCUGAUGGCCAGUGCAUUUGCCAGGAGUGUGGCCAGGACGAGCACAAGGGCCACGUCUCGGUCUCCUUGGACGCUGCCCGGAGGGACAAGGAGGCUGAGCUUCGGGACACCCAGUUAGAGCUGGAACGGAAACUCAGGUUGAAUGAAAACGCCAUCGCCAGGCUCCAAGCCAAUCACAAAUCCGUUUUGCUGUCGGUGUCAGAGGUGAAGGUGGUGGUCGAAGAGCAGUUUGGGGAGCUGCUCGCUGCCAUGAGGAAGGCCCAGGCCGAUGUGAUGCUCUUGUUGGAGGAGAAGGAGCAGGCCGCUCUGAGCCAGGCCAACGGCAUCAAGACGCACCUGGAGCACAGGGGUGCGCAGAUGGAGAAGAGCAGGCAGGAGCUGGAGAGGAUUGCUGCCAUCAGCAACACCGUCCUGUUCCUGGAGGAGUACUGCAAGUUUAAGAACACUGAGGGCAAUGCCUUCCCUAGUGUUUACAUCGGGCUCAAGGACAAGCUCUCAGGCAUUCGCAGGGUCAUCACCGACUCCAUGGCGCACUUAAUCCAGUUGCUGCAGAACUACAAGGAGAAGCUCCAGGAUUUCUGCAAGGAAGAGGAGUGUGGUAUCAGCACUCAAGUGUCUGCUGUUGUGGAGCGCAAGUAUUGGACCUCAAAACCCGAGCCCAGCACCAGGCAACAGUUCCUCCAAUAUGCGUGCGACAUCUCCUUCGACCCGGACACGGCGCACAGGUAUCUCCGGCUGCAGGAGGACAAUCGCAAGGUCACCAACACCACGCCCUGGGAGCAUCCCUACCCGGACCUCCCCAGCAGAUUCGUGCACUGGCGGCAGGUGCUGUCCCCCCAGAGCCUGUACCUGCACAGAUACUAUUUCGAGGUAGAGAUCUCCGGGGCGGGCACCUACGUUGGCCUGACGUGCAAAGGCAUCGACCGGAAAGGGGAGGAGCGCAAUGGUUGCAUUUCUGGAAACAACUUCUCCUGGAGCCUCCACUGGAACGGGAAGGAGUUCACAGCCUGGCACAGCGACACGGAAACCCCGCUCAAAGCCAGCCCUUUCCGGAGGCUGGGGAUCUACGUGGACUUUCCGGGGGGGAUCCUCUCCUUCUAUGGGGUAGAGCCCGAUGCCAUGACUCUGAUUCACAAGUUUGAGUGCAAGUUUUCAGAGCCGGUCUACCCUGCCUUCUGGCUUUCCAAGAAGGAAAAUGCCAUCCGGGUCGUGGAUCUGGGGGAGGAGCCUGAGAAGCCAAUGCCAGCUUCCGCCGAGGCUGCUCCCUAGAUGCCAGACUCUUGCUGGCCACAAAGACCGGGCAGCAGCCUGCAUCUUAAGGGGGACUUGGGGAUGGAAAGGUCUGCCGGUGGUAGUGGGCUUUAGGAAUCCCGUGGGUCCCUGCGCAAGGAGAGAGGUCUCUGGCUUUUCCGUUUUGCUCCCUGCUGUGUUGUUCUCUAUGUUAUAGCACUCCCUAGGCACCGACACCCCGUUUCUCAUCUUCUAGUGAUAUUCUCCUGUCUGCUCAGGUGAAUGUCACACUGUGUCCAGGCUGGGUGAUCAGGAAUCUUCAGAUCAAUCAGAAAGACGGCAGGCUAAUUAGAACCAAUUACAAACUCUAUUUUGCAUUGCCUGCCCCCCGCACACUGUUCUGGAUGCUGCGUGGCCAUUGACUUCACCUUCACAGCAACCCCCUGGGGGUCGAGGCUCCUAUCAUCCUCAUUUUGAAGAUGGGGAAACUUUGGUCCCCGGGGGGAUCAGUGAACUUGCUCAAAGUCAUUGCGCUCCCAUGGUGGGCGAGUGGCAGAGCUGGGAUUUGAACCUGGGUAGGCUGAUGUGGAGAUUUUAACCGCUACGCCAUGCUGCCCUCCUCAUUCCAUCGUGGGUGUUGUGUGUAAGGGAAUAAGCUACGUGAUGACCUCCUCGUCAUGGACAUUGAGUCUCUUAAACCCUCAGUGUCUUUGCGCCCACUCCGUCUGGCUGGGCCAUGCAGCGGAGACCUCAGUACCUCACACGGCAGCUCAUCCUGUUUUUGGAUACUGAAGAUGAUACGAAAUGUCUUUCCGGUGUCUGAGUCUUAGUCCUCAUGACCUCUGCGGAGGGUCUCACCUCGUGAUGUGGACUUGCCUGAUUCCUCAUUCAGAGGACAGUCCUUCAGGGGGCACCUGGGUGGCUCAGAUGGUUAAGCAUCUGCCUUCGGCUCAGGUCAUGAUCUUGGGGUCCUGGGAUCCAGCCCCACCUCAGGCUCUCAGCUGAGCAGGGAGUCUGCCUCUCCCUCUGCUGGUGCUCUCUCUGUCUCUCUCCCUUUCAAAUGAAUAAAUAAAAUCUUAAAAAAAAAAAAAGUACAGUCCUUCAAAUAUUUGCAGGCAGUUCUCCUGCACAUCCUUCAGGAAAGUAGUCUUGUUUCCAUGCUGCAUUUCCCACUUUUCUUCGUAACUUCUGGGUCUUUCCCUGGGAACUGUGUCAGGCAAGGCUCUUCCUCGUACGGUCUGAUGGUCCUUUCUCAAGAGUAUGUUUCUUUACGUCGCUUGUCUUGUUUCCAGAGACCCCAUCCUCUAUUCGUAUCCAAGGAUUUAUACUGUGUAGGAUUUGAAUUUUUUAUUGGAUUUUUUUAAAUUCGAUUUUUAUUGAGUUAUUUUUUUACUUGGAUUUUAAAUUUCAUUGCAUCAUUGCUGCUUGCUGAGAUACUUUUGAUUCAUGAUUCCACAUCCAAUAGAUGAGGACUCCUUCCUAGCCUGGUGUCACCUACAGAGUGGGUAAACUUUUCUUCUGAAGUGUUAGUCAUGUUGAUACAUACCGAUGAGGGGAGGGACAAAUAUGGAAUCUGGCAGCCCCCAGUCGAUACCUUUUGGGUUUAGUUAUUCAAUAAGUUACACUUUGGUAAAACUAUACUAAGGUACCCCACUUUUAGCCCUUUAUCCCCAGACACCAGGAAGAACUUUUCCAAAGGGAGAAAUCAAGACAUGUCUAGAAAUGUCUGCAUUUCCUUGCUCGGUCUGUCCCACAAUGCUCUCAAAAGACAAACUGAGGCCAGCUUGGCCUGCCUUGUCUUUUAUUGAACCGCUGUGGGUUAUCGGCCCUGGCUGCUUUAUUUUCUAAAUGCUCACCAACCGCUCGAUUCAACCAUUUUAGGAUUCCUCUGCCGUGAGUUAACAUCAAGUUGAUGAGUCUGUUGUUUCCAGAACCUACCUUAUUUUUCUUUUUAAAAAUUAAGACAGUUUUGUAUGUCCCCAUCCUCUACCACUUUUCCUAAUUUCUCCAAGAUUACUGCCUGGCCUUUGGUCAUAUUGAUAAACAGUGCCAGUGUCGUGAGAUGUGGUUGGGUUAGGUCAGAAUGCCUGAGCUCUUACAAAGGGACCCUUUGGGUGUCUCCUUCAGCAACUGGAACUUCCUUUCCCUGCCAGCUCCUUUCAUUCAUUCAAUUUCAGUGUCAACACUUUGUGAUUGUAGAGUCAGAACGUAGUUUUAGACACUACGUAAUUCAUUCUUGUCUCCACAGGUUGAAGUCCAAGUGCAUACGGCAUUCUUUUCCAGGAAUGUUAUGGAACCUGAGCAAAUUCCCAAGUCCUCCCAAGGUUCAUGAUGGAAUGAGGAGAUAGGAAUUUUGGCCCAGUCGUGGAACAACCUUUAUUUCUCUAACCUGGUUCAGCAUGGUUUUGGAGUGACUGUCCUCAAAUCAAAUUGGUUCAACACAUGUAGCAUUUAUAACAUGCAAGCCACUAUGCUAGGCACUAAGUGCCCAGAACAUAACUAGCUGUACCUUUUGAUCACAAGAAGUUGAUUCAUAUUUUUAUUUUACUUGUUAUUAUUAUUUAUUUUUAGAGAGAGAUCAGGGGGAGAGGGGCAGAGGGAGAGUGAGAGAGAU